AUGUGGCAAUUGUACGUAGAUAGAGCAUCGAACCAAAAGGGAGCUGGAGCGGGUGUUGUCAUCACCACCCCGGAUGAAACCCUGUUGGAGCAAGCUAUUACACUUGGCUUCUCGACCUCGAACAACGAGGCAGAAUACGAGGCAUUGCUCGCCAGCCUACACUUGGCAAGGGAACUCGCGAUCAAGAAAUUAGCCAUAUACUCAUAUUCCCAGUUGAUCACAAAUCAAGUCUCAGGUGAAUACAUGUCGAAGCACCCAAGGAUGAUCUUAUACCUUGACAAAAUCCAAGAGCUAUUGAAGGCGUUUUCUACCUUCACCAUCCAACAAGUACCUCGGGCAGAGAACGUGCAUGCAGACGCACUGGUCAACCUAGGGUCAGCGCUGGAUACCCAGUUCAGAUGCUUCAUCUUGGUCGAACACCUUGACCGACCAAGCAUUGAAGAAAUAGAGCCAAUCGACACAAUGCAAAUUGACAAGGACCUCAGCUAG